GUUCGUGUCGCCUCCCAGCAGCUGAUUAUCCAAACAAGUCAUGGCGGAGAAAGGAGCAGAAGGACCCGCCAAACCCGCGCUGACCGCGGCGCAGCUGCAGCUCUCCCGCCGCCGGCAGGAGCUCGACUACUGGAAGAAAAACGCGUCGCGGCUCCGCGGCCGGAACCUGCUGACCGGCCUGGCUAUCGGGGCCUUCGUGGUCGGCAUGUUUAGCUACACAAUCCUGUCCGUCAAACAGGAGAGGAUCGUGGAGGAGCUGGAUGAUGAAGUCAAGAUCCAAAUCCUCAGAGGGCCAAGGACCGGCGCCAACUCCUGACCACGUCCUGCCCCGCGGCCCUCCUGUGGGACGUCACAGCGGCUGCAAUGUGUCAUGUCCGCAUGCCAGUCUUCAAUCUGACCAGUCGCCGGAAUCACAGAGAGAAGUCGUGCAACGCUACUGAGCCGGCGGGGAAUUGGCAAAGCCUCCGUUUAAGACACUCUCUCACCACCCGCCCCUCAACUCCAUAAGUCAUAUGUGGACAUUCCAAAUGUCUUCUCUGCUUCUUCUGUUUUUAAAUAUAUUCAAAACUAUUAUUGAAUUAUUUUCUGCCUUUAAUAUAAACCUACUCAAUAAAAGUCUAGCCUCGAUGAGGAAAAUUGCU